AUGGAGCAACACCCUUCAGCAGAGUCUGGUCAACAUGGCAAGAACUCUAGCUUCUCUGGGAACAACAAACACGAUUAUGAGCAGAAUGAUAGCGGCAACGCGAGUCCGAUUGACAAGCAAGACCCGCAAUCGAUGUCAGAGAUGAUGGAAUCCACGGCAUUAGUUGCGAUGGACGCACUCCCUCUAGUCGAUUUAUCUAUUGCGAAACGUGACCGACAUCGAUCUCGGAAGCGUGAUCGACAUUUUGGCACCAAGACAGAAGCUCCUUCAGCCAGCAUAUCCAGUGACAGCGAGAGUAGCGACAACAAUUCAGUGCGCUUUUCGAGCCUUUCGAGCACGUCGACACCUGGCCACUCUGCUAGCUACAACGUACCAAAGAGUGCUAAACCCUGGGAAUAA